GCCUAUGUAUGGGUCAUCUCUACAUCAAAAAGAAGGCUGUAUCGUAGUACCUUUGCCUAGUAAAAUUUAUAGGAGUUGAAACAAAUAAAAACUAUUUUCGUUCUUACUUACCUUACGUCAAAAAAAGUGUUAGUGUAAUAAUUUUGGUGGUUUAUUUCAAGAUUUUUUCAGUAAAUUGAAUAUAUGGUAAACGCAAAGGGGGUGCAAUGAUUAAUCACAUGUUGAAAUAAUGACUAUAUCAAUGAAAGAACAAGAUCAAAUGCCAGGGGAGAUGGCAUUCCCCGAGGCCAAAUUAAAGGCAUUGGAAGAGAAGAUAUCUCAUCCCCGCUGGGUGGUACCUGUGUUGCCUGAACAGGAGCUAGAGGCAUUGCUUAUUGCUGCCACUGAGUUGGCAGCAAAAGGUGAAGAUGCAACGCACCCAGCAUGUCAGAGAUUCUAUAAUGAUGCCUUAACAGUGUCAUUUACUAAGAUACUGACUGACGAUGCAGUUUCAUCCUGGAAAAAUAAUAUUCAGCAAUGUGUCCGUUCAAACUGUGAGAAACUCGUCAAACUUUGUGCAAUGAAACUAGAUGAUCCAAGAUUCCUGCAUUUAUUAUCUAUGACAUUCAAUCCCAAUAACAAAUUUCACACAUUCAAUGCAUCAAGAACUUGUGAAGGUCUGUCUAUUACUCCACCAGGGCAAGGUACUGCCCAAGAGUCAGAAGUGUUUGCAAGGUCACAGGACCACCGCACACCAAGAGGAUGGCUGGUUCAUUUAAUUAAUGUGUUUGGUCAAGCUGGUGGCUUUGUGAAACUUCGAGAAAGGUUUGAAACAAUAAUGGGGUUUCAAAAGACUGAGCUGACAUCUUCAGUCACUUCAGAAGAAAAAGUUUCAACUGAAAUCAUAGAGAAGGAGAAUGAAGAAAACAAAUGUGAUAAAGUUGAGAGCACAGAAAUAGUGCCAGUUAUUGCUGAUAGCGGUGAAUUUUCCAUACCGGCGCGCAGUGAGCAGCCCUCGUCACUGGAGCAGUCCACCAGUGGAGAGACUCGAGUCGCGACCGUGUGGCAGUUGCUGCGACCUUUAGGACUCUGUCACGACCUCCUUACUUCACACACUGUUACCACAUACCUGCUGCCUGUGCUCGAAUGUAUUCCCACAUUGCUUGAGAGUUUGACUGAUGAAGAACUGAAGCGAGAAGCGCGCGGUAGUGAAAAUAAGACUGACACUGUUUCUUGUUUAAUUCGCGCCUGUAAAUACGUCUCAGUGAAAACUCCCCAGUAUCACAGUUUACUUAAAUCUCUGGAAAUGUUUCGGUUGAAAAUGAUAUUGCGAUUGUUGCAAAUGUCUUCAUUCAAUGGGAAAAUGUCAGCUCUGAACGAAAUCAAUCAACUUAUUAGUACAUUCUCCCAGCAACCCAAACCAGAAUGGCUCACGCCAACUGUUAUAACAACUUGGAUUCGUGAAAAUAAAGUAGUGGACAUAGUCUUACGGGACUCCCUUCACCAGCCGCAGUAUGUAGAUAGACUGGAGAAAAUGCUUAGGUUUAUGAUAAAAGAGAACUCAUUGACGCGAGAUGACUUGGAUGCGAUAUGGAAGGCUCAGCACGGCAAGCACGAGGCGAUUGUCAAGAACUUGCAUGACUUACUAGCCAAACUGGCUUGGGACUUUACUCCUGAUCAACUUGACCAUUUAUUUGACUGUUUCAAGGCAAGUUGGGCUACGUCCAGCAAAAAGCAAAGUGAUAAACUACUAGAAGUAAUAAGAAGACUAGCAGAAGAUGAUAAGGAUGGUGUAAUGGCAAACAAGGUAUUAGUGCUUUUUUGGAAUUUGGCCCACUCGGACGAAGUAUGUACCGAAAUAAUGGAUGUGGCUUUAGCUAAUCUGAUAAAAAUACUAGACUACAGCUGUAGCCAAGAUCGUGACGCACAGAAGACGCUUUGGUUGGACAAGUGUGUGGAAGAAUUGAAAACAAAUGAAAAAUGGGUGUUACCAGCAUUAAAAAUGAUGCGCGAGAUUUGUUGCCUGUACGAGGCGGGCGGUGGAACGGGCUUGCGGCCUCAUGUCACACGACAGGAACUGAUCGACCGCCUGCAGACUCAGCACUCGCUUGUCAUACUCGUAACAGACUCACUCACACACUACAUGGAGGCUGUGCGAACUAAACUGGCCGAAGAGGGUGAUAUCGACUGGGACAAUUGGCUACCAGAUGGCAGGUACCCGCAUGCGGCUCAAGUACAUGAACGAUUGAGUUUUCUAAGAUUUCUCUUGAAAGAUGGACAACUGUGGCUGUGUGCAGAACAAGCAAAACAGAUAUGGGUAUGUCUGGCUGAGAAGCCAGCACACCUGGGCGAUCGUGAGGCCUGUUUCCGAUGGUUCAGCAAACUAAUGGGCGAAGAGCCCGAUUUAGAUCCUAAUAUUAAUCUACAUUUUUUUCGACGGAACAUUAUGACAUUAUCUCCGAAUUUACUAACCCACGCUGGUAUCAAGUGUUUUGAAAGAUUCUUCAAAGCGGUAAACUCCAAAGAAGGCAAACUAAAAGUAAAGAGACGAAGCUUUUUACUUAACGAUGCAGAUCUCAUAGGAUUAGAUUAUUUAUGGAGGGUGAUAACGGAGUGCGAGGACGAGAUCUCUGCGCGCGGCAUCGAGUUGCUGCGCGAGGUGAGCACGUGCGUGGGCCCGCAGCUGUCGGCGGCGCAGCACCACGAGGCCUUCCUCACGCACUGCUGCGCGCGCACGCAGCGCCUGCAGAAGGACAUGGAGGCGCACGAAGAUUCGUCAGAGAGUUGUACGAGAAUGUGUAGAGUGAUUCGUGCCAUACAAGAAUAUAUUAACGAAUGUGAUAGAAGAUUUUCCGCGGAACGGCAGAUAUUACCUAUCUACAGGUCGGGCCGAGGGAGGCAGUGUACGAUUAUAGUCAGAUUUAAUUUUCAAACUGGCCAAAGACAAAUUGAAGAUGUUGAACUUUUUUCGCACUCUAAUGAGACACUGCACUCCUUGCGUUCCAAUAUACAAAGAAGGCUGAAGAAUGCUUCAGAGAGUAAUAUAAAGUUAGAACUAUAUGUAAAUAAGUUGGAGCUGUAUGUUAAUGGGGAGCUAUUAGAUUCUAGUCACGAUAGAAAAAUUCUAUCGCAAAUCCCGCUUCGUGACAAAACUGUUAUUGUCGCUAAGGUGUAUGACGGACAAGUGUGUGGCAGUGGUGGGUGCGGCUCGUCGAAUGAGUCCAGCAGUGACUCCUCCACUUCUUCGCCUCCGUUGUCGCCCACACCGGAACACGCAUUGCCUGGCGUUCUCUUUGCACAGGGAUCAUGGUACUUGCCCUUUAUAUUAGAUUUGGAGCAUAUUGGUAUCACCAAAGGCCACGGCCCGCUCACUGAAGCGGCGCACUUACUCUCGCAGAUCUGCCCUGCGCAUAAACAGACCGUGGAAAAGCUUACGGAGGCAUUGUUAUGCAGAGAUGAUACAAAACUGAGGGAUAUGCUCUACGGCCCAGCUCCGCCUACGGUGGCUUAUAACGUAGAAGUACUAUACAGCAUGGUGAUGCCAUCGUCAGACACGAGGUUGGAGCGCUGCCGCAACUUUCAGAUCGCUUGCGUGAAGAAAGCUCCUCUACUGGUGCAGUGCUUGUCUGACAACGAUUUCUUGCAAGGGGCAGCACCACAUACCAGGAGAGUUGGUUAUCUAGCUCUGGUCAGACUGGCUAAGUUAGCGUUAUACACACUUGGUCAUCUAUUUGAAAUAAUUGCUCCAGAUGGUACGGAUGCAAAUCUCGAUAAGGAAUUCAGUAGAAGGGAUGUGACAAUACUGCGUGAAGCCCUGCAGACAGUGCCAAACCAUACGUGUGAGCUGAUGGUCAAAGCAAUUGCUGAGAAACUAGCUAAUGCAUUGGGAGAACAGGUGGUGUUGAGCGGCGAAGACAGUGAUUCAGUGUCUGCGCUAGUGUGGUGGUGCGUCCCCACGUCGGCCACGGUGCGUUCUCUGUACAGCCUCUCAUACUCCGUGGCACAACCCUCCGAUAUAAGCGGCAUUGUACACCCUGAUGACGUUACUCUGGUCCGAGAAUGUAUGGAGGUGGUGACUAUUUGUAUGGCACUGAGUGGAGGUCAUUUGGAGAACAACCUGUUGAAUGAACCGUGGUGGCAGGACACUGCGCUGUACCUUAUGAUUGACUGCCCGAACCCUCAGGUGCGCGUGUCGUGCGCGGAGCAGCUGCUGUGCAUGUGUGCGUGGGGCGGCGGCGGCGGGGCGCGCGCGGCGCUGGCGGCGCUGGGCGGCGCGGCCGGGCUGGGCGCCGCCGCCGCCCGCCUGGCGCGGCACGCGCGCCACGCCAUGCAGUUCCUGCAGCUGCUGUGCCGCCUCGUGGCGCUGGCCGGGCCCACCGAGCGCACGCUCGACGACCUCGCGCUAGAGGUGGCAUGGUUGCGAGCUGUCCGCGCUAACCCUCUAUCGUUAGACGAUACGUUGCUGGAAGGACACCUGAACCUCACCAAGGAGUUGUUUACGCACGUACCGGCGCAAGUCAAGUACCAGUAUGGAGCACACCCUGAUCACAAAGACGCAGGUCUUAUCAAGGAAGUGACGACGGAGUUCCUGUGGCCGUACUCGUGGGCGUGGUGCGUGGUGUCGGGCGGGGGCGGGGGCGCGGGCGAGGCUGGGGGCGCGACGGGCGCGGAGCCGGUGGCGCCGCUGUGCCGCACGGCGAGCGCGGCGGCCGCCGCCACCGACCUGCUGCUGGCGCUGGUGCACGGCUGCGUGCCCAACAUGGCCGCGCUCGCCAACCUGCUCGACCUCAUGUUCUACAGUGAUAAGAGCAUGCCCCUGGCGGAGUGGGAGUACAUGCCGUGCGUGGGCCCGCGGCCGCCGGCGGGGCUGGUGGGGCUGAAGAACGCCGGCGCCACCUGCUACAUGAACUCCGUGCUGCAGCAACUCUACUGCGUGCGGGCCGUCCGGGACGCGCUGCUCACCGUGCAAGGUGCUGCUACAGAUCCCAAUGAAGAUUUCUCUGGCGAAAACCAUCAUCACAGCAUUGUCGAAAAUAAUAUUGAAAGCAACACAGAUUACAACAUCACAAUUUUAAAACAAGUACAAGCAAUAUUUGCACAUCUACACUAUAGUAAGUUACAGUACUACAUACCACGCGGACUUUGGGCACAUUUUAGGCUUCAAGGGGAGCCCGUGAAUCUACGCGAGCAACAAGACGCGGUGGAAUUCUUUAUGUCGUUGGUAGAGUCUUUGGAUGAAGCUCUGAAAACAUUAGGACAAGAACAAUUAAUGGCUAAAACUAUGGGAGGCACAUAUUCUGAUCAAAAAAUCUGCAAGGGCUGCCCUCACAGAUACUGUAAAGAAGAACCGUUCAGUGUAGUAUCACUGGACAUCAGGAACAUGUCGCGCCUGCAGGAAUCUCUCGAGGCAUAUGUUAGAGGAGAAUUACUAGAAGGCGCAGAUGCUUAUCAUUGUGACAAGUGUAAUAAAAAGGUAGUAACAGUUAAACGCUUAUGCUUAAACAAACUACCUCCCGUCUUAGUCAUACAGCUAAAAAGGUUCGAAUAUGAUUUCGAAAAAGUAUGUGCAAUCAAAUUCAAUGACUACUUCGAGUUCCCAAGGGAACUGGAUGUCGAACCUUACACAGCAUGGGGUCUGGCUCGAGCCGAGGGUGAUUCGUCAUUAUGGGAGGGUGGUGAAGAGAAGGCCCAGGAGACUAACUACCAACUUAGUGGCAUUGUUGUACACUCGGGUCAGGCCUCCGGAGGACAUUACUACUCAUAUGUUCUACUCAGAGACAAUGGCAGCGUGACAGGCAGGUGGGUGAAGUUGGAUGAUGGCGAUGUUUCGGAGUGUGGCAUGCAUGACGACGAGGAAAUGAAGGCGCAGUGCUUCGGCGGAGAGUAUAUGGGCGAAGUGUUUGAUCCAAUGCUAAAGAGGGUCUCAUAUAAACGGCAAAAACGAUGGUGGAAUGCAUAUAUGCUAUUUUACACCAGAAAGGACACAAUAGAAUCACAGUCGCUUCUGGAACAAUCCAUGAAAAACUUGACUAUGAAAGAAAAUAUUAUACCUCGACCAAUAUGGCUGUCAGUGCGUCGCAGUAAUAUUGCAUUCUCUCACAACCAGGAUCAAUUCAGUCUUGAACAUUUUAAUUUUAUGAAGAAGCUUUGCUACAUGCGACUACAGAUGUUACCAGGAUCUCAAAGUGCAAUUUGGGGCCCCGAGCACGAAGAAAUGUCAAUGUUAGCGGUACAGCUAGCAACAAAAUUCUUGUUCCAAGUAGGGUUCCGCACCAAGAAAACGUUGCGCGGUCCCGCCGCUGACUGGCACGACAUACUCUGCCAACAUUUGAGGUGCUCGCAAGCUGUGCGAGCCUGGUUCGCUACAGAUCUAUUCAAACAUCCACACAGACUAUGCGACUACUUAUUGUCGUGCCCGACAGCCGAAGUGAGAUUAGUAUUUAUGAAGAUCAUUGUGUUUUUGGCGCACUUCUCAGUACAAGAUCCACCAGUGAGCGUUGGGUACGGGUCGUGGUGCUCCCGCGAGGAGGCGCAGUCCCUGUCGGACCAGGUCCUGUGCUGCGCGCGCGCCCUGGCCGCGCCCCCGCCGCCGCCCGCCGCGCCGCACCCCGACUCGCACGCCGCCAGGCAUCUGCCGCUACUCUUCAACCUCUUCCACACCUAUGCUUGCCUCGGAAUCAGCGAGAAGCAUCAGCUGCUCAGGUUGAAGCUGUUGGAUAUUGUUUUAUCCGUGUGCAUGGAUGAAACCAACACAGCGAUGGGCAAGUACCAGUACCCCGAGUCGGCCAAGGUGCACCAGGUGGUGUGCGCGCUGGCGCGGUGCUGCGACGUGGGCGCGCGCUGCCAGUCGGCGGGCGCGGCGGAGGGCGCGGCGCCGCUGCCCAACCCCUACGCCGAGCCGCACGGACACGGCCCGCGCCCGCUGCUGUCGCCCGCCGCCGCGGACGUACUCUACAACAGAACUGGAAGUUAUAUGAAAAAGUUAACCGAAGAAUGUUGCGGUUGCGACGAAGGCAUCAGACUUCUGCAAUUCUUGUGCUGGGAACACGCCGGUUGGUCCCGCAUCGCUCUGGCCGAGUUACUGUGGCAGAUGGCGUAUGCAUACUGCCACGAACUACGUCGUCAUUCUGACGCACUCACCGCAUUACUUCUCAUGGAAGACAGCUGGCAACAACACCGGAUACAUAACGUCAUCAAGGGUGUGUCGGAGGAGCGGCCGGGUCUGCUGGAGACGGCGGCGCGGGCCCGCGGACACUACCAGAAGCGCGCCUACGCCUGCGUGAAGCUGCUGGUGGGCGUGAUGUGCCGCGCGCCCGCCGCCGUGCGCGCCGUGCACCACCAGCACGACGCGCGCCGCCGCUGGCGGCAGCUGCUGGCCUGGCUGCAGGACGAGCUCGACCGCAAGUAUGGCCCCGGCGGUUACGGCUCUUAUGGUACUUGGUCACCACCCGGCACCUCCAACGAGACUUCUAGCGGAUAUUUCCUCGAGCGAAGCAACUCCGCCAGGAAAACACUGGAAAAGGCUUAUCAACUCUGUCCCGAAGAGGAAGAUGAAGAAGAAGAAGAAGGUCGGGAAGGCGCCGAGGGAUCUGGGUCCGGUGACGCGGCGGAUGACAGCGGCGACGACGAUGAGCCGGCCGACGACGAGCCCGCGGCGCGGCGCCUGGCCGGCGGGCCGGGCAGCGCGGGCCCCAGCGCAGGGCCCAGCGCCGCGCCCGCGCCCCCCGCGCCUCCCGCGCCGCCUGCGCAACCGUCGCGCGACCCAUUGCCGCCGCUGUGAACGCGUCUCUAGUCCCCGCCCUGCGAUUACUUAUUUAUAUAACUUACGAGUUCCGCUUUAAAAGUACCAUAGUAUUUAUUAUUCGCCGUAGGAUUCGUCGUAGUGCUCUCUCGACGGUCGAAUGUAUAAGUCGUAGCGACUGGGGUCUCGCGCCCGACACGAGCGUGUCCCAUUCGUAUGCGUCGUUUAUAAACAGACGGGCGGUUGCUGCCCGACAUUCGGAAUAUUAAUAGUUUUGGUCCCCAAAUAUUUAUAAGUUCACCGACACGACGAGAAGCAAUCUCUUUUAGAAAUAAGUUUGUUUAUCUGUGCAAAAUAUCUGUAAAUGAGUUGUGGACUUGCAACACAUUCGUUACUGCAUGAGCGAUUUUGUAUUCUAAUCUAUAUGAAAUGAACAAUAUUUGAAAUAAUGCUUUUAUUAAAAUAGGUCAUCUGAAUGCAUUUUAAAAUAGUGAUAGAUAGCUAUUUAAGCUAUUUUAUACUUUUCAGUUCGGAACAGUUGGCAUGAAUUAACAGAAAACCCACAGUACAUAAUUCAUAGGCCGUAUGACAAAGUAUAAAGCUAGGUGCUAUCGGUUAGGGUCACGUAGUUGAUUUUAAUUGUUCUCGCUCGCUUAUUAACUCGUUUUGUGCGUACUUUUUAGUCUUUGAAGUUCAAUAUUUUAACUUUCAAAGUAGGAAUGCAGGUAAUGUUUAAUUUAAUUUUAAUUCUUGCUGCAUUUCUGCAAGUUAUUUUAUUCUUUAUUAUAAAUUUUUAACGUAAUAUAUUUCCGUAAAUUAUUAUCUAGUGAUAUAGUGACACAUUUUAAUGACAUAUUCAUAUUCAUAAAAUUAGGACAGAUAUACUUUAAAACUGAUGUGUGUACGAACGUAUGUGUAUCGUCUUAAAUAAAAUAUUUCCAGCGGUGACUACGCAGGUAGUUGAUACAUGAUCAUUAUUCCUGUAUGAAAAUGUAGUAAAACAUGGUCUGUAUUCCGAUCAAUUCAAUUUUUACUCAACAAAUGUCAUGUAACAUGUUUGCUAAUUGACGAAACUCAAAUAAUUUACGAGCUAAACAAUUAAUUUGUGACAGACAUCACUGAUAUUUAGGGACCGAGUUCAUCAUAACCUACUUCACUUAUAAAUAUUGUAAAAUAUUAUGACAUACAUAUAUAUAACAGUCAUUUUAUAUUAGGUAGGAACUGUAGUUGAGCUUUCAAAACCAAGUCAUGUUUUUUUUUAAUAUAAUGCAGUUUGCAGUGUUUAUGAGUGAAGUAGAAUCAAUUGUACAUAGUAAAACAAAUACAUAUUAUCGAGGCCAGAGAACACAUAUUGGCCUAACUCUGACUAUGUAAACAAUGUUUAAUAUUUCAGUUUUUAAUUUGCUAGAUGUAUUAUUAUAAUAAAAUAAACUUAGUUUUAAUUCAGUGAAAAGUGUAGAUAUAGGUAUUAACGACUAGUCUAACAGGAAAAUGUUGCCACUAUGUCAAUGUUCUGCUUUGUAAUAUAAUGUUAUUUAUUUUUAUAUUUCACGACGGUUGUAUAAUAUUUUCCUUUUUUUCUAGUGGUAAAAUUGUUGUAACAUCCAGGCUAUCAGGCGACGCAGACGCUAAGUCGCGCGUGCGCUCGCGGACGUGCGCCCUUUUCGUAGUCACGACUUGUAGCCAUUAACGUUUGCACUUUGCAUUCUAGUAUUUUACAAAUAUAAAACCACCGUGAUAUUCUGUGAGUAUUUAUUUUUUCAUAUUAAUUUAAACAUUAAUGAGCCUUCAAAUUAUGGUCGCAUAGACCGUGUGCCUUAUUUUUAAUUUUAUUUGCUCAAUGCUUGCACCUGAUAGUCUGUAUAUUGAUCUAUUAACAAGUUUUUAUUUAAAAGACUGUUAUGUCAUUCAUUUCGCAUGUAAACAUAUAUUUGUACGAAUAAAUUAAAUGACAAAGUAUUUAAAUAAUGUGAUAAAAUAGAAUUAAAAUUUUAUUGAUUACUAAAACACCAAGCAUGUUUAUAUGCUAAAUUGAAUGACGUCGAGUCGUGAUUUUAUUUUGGCUUUAAAAUUUAAAAGUCGCUUUAUCAUGGUUUUAUAAGUGAAAGAAACAUCCAAAUCACAAGUUGUAAUGAUUGAUAUAGUACAGAAUAGCAUUGUGAAUAAUUAGAUACCUGCUCGAGAAAAUGCUGAUUGUUGUUAAUGUUAUUACCAAAGAUGGAGUUAUAGAUAGAAGGGAAAAUGGUGGCCCUUUUCUUAAUAGCUUAAUAAUUGAAAUGUUUUGUAUCUUUUAUAAAAUGCAAAGUUAACGAUAUUAUGUUGAAACGAGAUAAAAUGUGAUUGAUCUUAGAUAGGUGAACCGCUAUGUUUCUUGUUUAGAAACAAAUGAGUCGAUGUACCGGUAACUAAUCACAUGUGUAACAGACGUAUGAUACUCAAAGCGAGAUUGGAAAUCUUGUAAAUAUCAUCAACCGGAAAUAAGUCGAAACUCAACAUGAACUUCAUUCUUUAUAUUCAUGAAAUUCGCAAAAGAUCUCAAAAAUAAAUGUCUAUUAGUGCGUUCCGAAAACACACGUAAAUAAAUGCAAUUUUUUUAUAUUGAAAAUUUUGUAUUGUAGCAUAUUAUUCAUAGCAUUGUACGCGAUACACAUCAAAUAGUUUGGCAAGAUAUGUUGGGAUUAUUCACUGCAGUUCAAUGUUUGCAGUUUUCACGAGAACAGUGUAAAAUGUGUAUUCAUAGAAUUAUUAUAAGAUCAGUUGAGUUUUGUAUAACAUUUCUAUGGCAAAUAUAACGAAAUGGCAUUUGAAGAUUAUACAAGAAUGCUCAAGAAGCGUUCACACAGAUAUUAUACUAUUCAAAUCAAGAAAUAAAUUCAUAAAAUCUU